AUGGGGGGCAUGAUGCCAGUGAAGGGGCACCUCUCCACUCAGCUGCUUUGGUUUCUUGUCCUACUUGUUCUUCAGCUAACCAACAGUGACAAACAGCCCCGGCUGAUUGAAGGUGACAAUGCCUGCUCAGGACGUCUGGAGAUAAGACUUGGACACACUUGGGCUACUGUCAGUGAUUCCCACCUUGAUCCUAAAGCUGCCAGUGUGAUUUGUAAUGAGCUACAGUGUGGAGCAGUUGUAUCCAUCACAGGAGGAGAUCACUUUGGAGAAGGACAAGGGCCAAUCUGGACUGAAGAGUUUCAGUGUGUGGGAAAUGAGUCUCAUCUUGCGUACUGCCCCCGAGCACCACCCAUGAAUCAGACAGGCUCACAUGCAGAUGAUGCUGGCCUCAUAUGUUCACGGUUCACAGGGUUCAGGCUGGUGAACGGCAGCACACAGUGCUCAGGGAGAGUGGAGGUCCAGCUGCUCGGUGCCUGGGGCACCGUGUGUGACUCGCGCUGGGAUUUAUCAGAUGCCCACGUUCUCUGUCGUCAGCUUGAUUGUGGAUUUGCAGUGUUGGCUCCAGGAGGAGGGCAUUUUGGGAGAGGAACGGGGCCCGUCUGGAGAGACACAUUCCACUGUAAUGGGACUGAACCCCAUUUAUGGCACUGCCCGGUUACUGCCCUGGGAGUCUCUCAGUGUUUCCAUGACCGUGAUGUCAGUGUGAUUUGUUCAG